ACCAGAGGUGCAUAGACAGGGUGUCGGGGUGGUGUUAGUGCUGUACGUUAUUUAUGUCGAACUACCGUAAAUCCUGUCCGAAUCUUGCGUGUUUUCAUGGAAUCGGUGAUAUACUGUGCAGAAGCAGGAAUACGGCUUGCAUGAAGGCAUAGCAUACGCUUCCAAGCCAAACAAACAUGAACGAAGUGAGCAUAUCGUCCGCUCGUGCAUCGGUAAUGGUGUACGAUGACGUUAACAAGAAAUGGGUACCGAGUGGCAGCUCCUCGGGACUCUCCAAAGUUCAGUUGUACCAUCAUCAAGUGAACAAUACGUUUCGCGUGGUGGGGAGAAAGUUGCAGGAUCACGAAAUCGUCAUCAACUGCGCGAUCCUCAAGGGAUUGAAAUACAAUCAGGCGACAGUCACGUUUCAUCAAUGGCGAGAUAACAAGCAAGUAUACGGUCUGAAUUUCUCCAGUAAGGACGACGCCGACGCAUUUGCCAGAGCGAUGCUGCAAGCGCUCGAUGUGCUCAGCAAUGGAAGUAACAUAUCGAGGAGCCUUGCUCCGGCGGUCGGCUCGACCACGCAACAGCAACCCGUUUUUCAACAACAACAACAACAACAACAACAGAGUAACGCUCAAUACGACGAGGAUAUGGGGUACAGAACCAUGACAAGGGAAGACGUGGCGAUAAUUCAAGAACGUAGAAUGUCCCAGCAAAGUCAAGCAACCAACAGUCCAAACGCAAUUUCUCCGAGUUGCCCUCUUGCGGCUCAACAACAGCAGCAACAACCACCGUCGCAACAACAGCAACAGUCGCCUCAGCAAACUGUACAACAGCCACAACAGCCGUCUGCGACACCUCAACCGCAACAACAGCAGCAACAACAGCAACAGCAACAACUUCAAGUACAGCAGCAGCAGCAGCAACAGCCGUUGCAACAACAACAAUCUGGUCAUCAUAGAACCUCCUCAGCACCGCCAGCACCGCAGCCGCAACAACAGUCUGUGAUGCAGUCGAUACCACCGGUUGGUGGAAUGGGAACGGGAGUAGUGCAAAUGUCAAGCGGUGGUGUUCCUCCGAUACCGCCUCCUCAACCCCCUAUCGCCCCGGCGGCUCCGCCGUGUCCACCAGCGAUGAUGAAUUUCAACGCACCGGUACCACCGCCACCGAUGAUGAUGAAUCAGUACGCACAGUCCCCAUCGUCUCAAUCGAACCUGCCCAAUCAGUCUCAAGCUCAGUCGAUUUAUGGUAGCAAUCAAGGUAAUCAGUACGGUACCGCGCCAAACAGUAAUCAGUACGCAACUGCGGCCGUCGUUGGGCAAAGUUCCUGUCAGUAUUCCCCUGGAAAUCAGAAUAAUUUUUACGGUAACAACGGCCAAGUCGGCAAUGCAUAUCCGAGCGGACAGCCGGGACAAGUGAAUCAGUAUAGCACCAGCGGUGGUGGCGGUGGCGGUAGUGGAGGUGUCGGUGGAAACCAAUACGGAAGUAGCAAUUCGAUCGGUCAGUACGCGAGCAGCGGAGCAGCAACGACCGGUCAGUACGGCGUCGGAGUCGGGGUCGGGGUUGGAGUCGGCGUCAACGUUGGCCAACAGAGUCAGCCCCAAUACAGCGUUGUAUCUCAGGCACAGGCACAGACACAGGCACAGUACGGACCCAGUCAAGUACAAACAGCACCGAGUACUACGAAUCCGUACGGAACACCGUCGAAUUCGGUGAAUCAGUACAGUACCGGUAGUGGCGGGGUUUGCAACAGCGGUCCCGCCGUUGGUGCUGGCAGUGGUCAUCACGCACCAUCUGUUAACACUAACGUUUACGCUCCCGUUGGGAACGGUGGCCCUCAACCACCCCCUAUGGUACCGUUGACAGGUCCUGCCGCUCCCCCUCCACCUCCACCACCACCUGCACCAAACGCAAACACUAUCAACUUAUAUCCUCCCCUUGCCGGAUUCGGUUCUACCGGAUCUGUAGUUUCCGCUAGCAACAAUGAUCCGCCUCCAGAUAUCAACUCGUUGGCUGCUGCUCUACAAGCGGCUCGUCUAAAGAAAAAGCAGACGUCGCAGCAACCGGUGGAGAAUAGUGGUUCGAGUACCAGCAGCAGCGGAAGCGUGGGCGGCGGUGGAAAUUACGGCACGUUGGGAAGGGGCGGGGGCGGCGGUAUGGCUUCCAUGAUGGACGAAAUGGCAAAAACUUUGGCACGCAGACGAGCCGCGGUCGAGAAGAAACAACCGGACCCGCCACAGGAACCCGAAAGCUCGCCUGACAAAAAGUGGGAUAAAAACAAUUCGAACAAUAAAUUUUCAAACGGCGCCGAAUCGCCAAAAUCAGUGCGCAAGAGGUUUGGUUCUGCAUCCGAGGAUACUCUACUGAAAGUAAACGGUGUUAACGACGGAGCUGUUCUUACCGUCCAAGAGAUGGAUGCUUUUAAGGCAGAGAUCAUCAAGGAAGUCCGCAAAGAAUUUCAAAAGAUGAAACAGGAAAUCGUAGACGCUGUAAGAGCGGAACUGAGCAGAAGAUAAAGAUGCGACGUGGACCAGUUUCGAGCGUAACGAAGAGAAAACAAAAAAAAAAUUCUACUAUCGCGUAGAUCAGCCGAAACGAUCACAUCGACAGACGUACACAGGUUUUUUUACUACGUAUUCGCGAGAAUGGAGCGAAGUUAUACCCCGUGUAUAUCAGACACGUUUGUGCGUAAGUACGUUAUAAUAUAACUUAGCGUUCUAAGCGAACCGUAUCCUAUCGUUGUUUACUAGAUCAAUAGUAAGCAACGUCGACUUUUUGGAUAAAAUCGAUUCUAAUUCUGCCAAUUAAACGCACAACAGAUUUCGGAUCAACUACUACGUUCGAAUGCGUAUUUAUCUUCGAUGGGAUCGUACGAUUUAUCGUUUAUCGCUAACGAUUACCGUGAUCCUUAUUCGGUCAAGUAUUAUACGUAGUUAAACUAUGGGUAAACUAAUGCCGAUUCUACGCAUGAUCAAAGACACCCGCGUUUUUAUGUAACUAUCGAUCGAACUCGAUACUAGCCGGAAACGCGUAAUGAUUUCCGAAAAGAUUCCUCUAGUCCAAGACGCGUUUAUACUGGGAUUAAAAGAAUAUGUGCAUCAUCAAAUUCGUUCGCGUUUCAUUUUUCGAGGCGCUUUAUCUCCGGUUUCCUUACGGAUCCACGUUGCGCGCGACAUUUCUAAGGUCAGGUCGAAAAUCGGAAUUCUCAUAUCUACACUAAUUUUGAGUCUUUCGUACAUACACCACACCACAUCCGUGUACAGAUUACAUUUAACACGCACAGCUCGAUACAUUCCAAGAACAGAAAAGUUUCGAUGCAAGCAGAAGAAAAGAAGAAACAAAAAAAUACAAAAGAAAAACAAAAAAAGUGAUAGAUAAUAGAAUAAAAAGUUGUCAUCGAUCGAUUAUCGUGGUUUCGAUGAAACACGAUUGAUCGAAUGGUUCGAGAACUGGGCCCAUACUUAUUCGGAUGUUCACGGAUUAAAACCGAUUUUGUAUUUAUGCAUACCCGAUCGCUGUAAAUUCCAAAUCCAAACGCAUGACAAAGGGCGAUCGUGUUUGCUACCGAUAUUGUAUAUUACUCUCCGUUUUUAUAUUUUUUUAUCGUCUCUCGUACGAUUCUCACAGAAAAUGAGAAAAUCAACGUUGCAGUUCAUAUAUAUUCUAUGUACCUAUAAUAUAGUCGUAUACAUAUAUACGCUGAUCUGUACCGGCUUAUUGGCAUUUAUUGCAAUUAACGAAAACACCGUCAACGUCACUCGAUUGUACAAUACGAUACAGUACGACGCGAUGCUACACGAUACGACGCGAUACGCUUGAUGCACAAACGUAUCUAAACUCGAAUGACGCGGGAAUAAAUGCGAACAUUUUUUUCGUCGCGUAAACGUCUAUUCUUUUUUGUACCUUAUUUGUCUUUUCCAUUUUCGUAAGAAAGAUUUUUAACGACUGAUUAACGAAUUAAUGUGGUUAUUAAGGAAUGCAACGGCAAAACGUUGUCAAAUUUUUUCCGAUAAAUCGAAAUAAUCGUCUUUUAUUCUAGGCGUACCUAUAUAAGUAUUAGCAGCUCUAAAUUUUUAAUCUCGUUCUAUGCAACAAUGUCUAGUCGUAUAAGAUAACUGAGGAACGGGAAUCGCAAAACGUUCUCAGUGAUAAGCACGGCCGAAGUUUAGGUUUUCAAACUAUGUAACACCUUCUGACGGGAGGGGUACGCGAUAACUCAUUUUUAACGAUAUCUACGUUCACCGGACUGUCGCAAUAACUCUUGUACUUUGAUAUCGCGCGAAUAUACGUUUACAAUUUGGUCGUUCGUUUCCUAAAUACGACAUCUCCUCGCGUCGUAUCUCGGAAAUCGCACGAUAUAUCGCGCACAGCGUUCACGUUUUCGCACAAAUGAUUACUAGCUCGUACGCGAUUCGCUUUAUUAUCGCUCGACCCGUUUCCUUCUUCGAAACGCGCGUUUCUCGUACGCGGAAUCUCUCUCUCUCGUGUCGAUCUUCCAGUACGACAGUAUUCGUUAUCGUUCUCCCAUAUCGACUGUUAUUCCUACGUCGGAUGCGCAUUUAGCCGAACGAGAAACCCGUUCGAGGUAAACACGGAACGUAUAGAGAGACAAUUGAGCGACGAGCACUUGCGUAAGGUUUCUUUGAAACUUUUUUUUUUUAACGACGAACAAAAAUACAAAGAAAAACAUCGCGCGUUGCGCGCCAACGAGAACAAAGAAAAGACGGAAAUUUCCUUUAAACGAAUUACAAUAUAUGCUUUUGUAUUUGCAUGUUUGUGCGUACGUUUUACGAUGCUCAAUUCACCCCUCGAUCGAUCGUCUUGGACGCAUGGAUCGAGCAAAACGCGUAACGCACCGAACGAGAUACGUACACGUACCCGAUUAUAAACGACUUUUCUACGAAAGAAUUGUUCAACGGCGUUUGUAUUCCGUCGAAGGUAUUUCUGUUAUAUUUUUCGUUGCUUUUAAGCUCUGCAUAGUAAAUACAACACCGCGACCGCAUUGCGUCGUCUUCUUGAAACAACGAUACGUCGAACGUCGACUCGAGGACAUGGCUCGGGCCAUCGGCAUUCGGUUCGAGGUUGGAAAAAAAAACUACGUUCUAAGUAAUUAGUAUACAAGCGAACAGGUAUAAGAGUGCACGCGUGUAUGCGGAAAAGUGUGUCUGUCUGCUCGCGAUAAAAGCGAGGAUGUACGAAUUCGCACGGGGUACGAAAAAAAACAGUUAACCGAGAAAAGCGACUAGUAUUAGAUGCAUUUAUAUUGUAUUUAAUAUAUGUAUAUUUAUAUAUAUACAUAUAUCAUAGAUGGAUAAUUUUAAUAUGGCAAGAUUAACGCGCGAGUAUUAAGAGUGUUUGUUACGAUUGCAAUUAUUUAAGAAGCGCAGGUAAGCAUGGGCGAUUAAACGGAUCGACGUUGCUUUUUGCAACAACGACAAAAUGAGUCGAGAAAAUAUACCAUAUGUCCAGGGCCAUUAUAAACGGUGUGUAUUAUAAUUAAUGUGCCGGCAAAUAAAUACACGUACGACAAGAUGAAUUACGAGUGAAACGCUAUUUUAUGUAUCGCAUGCGGCGGGAGCGGCGACGAAAGCUAAAUCCAAUUCUGUUUUAUAACAUUCCUCGAUCGCGUUUGGUUACGCGGCCCCGAUUACCAUCUAUUACCGUUUUUAUCCGCAACAAUGAUUUCUGUACAUACAUGCAUACUUGCUUACUUACACACAUACAUAUAUACAUACUGGAGAUUUCCGUUUUGAUCGUGUUGUACCGGGUACAUACGUGUACUCGUUAAUUAUUUCACGUAUGUUUAUAUACAUGUGAAACACUACGCAUGUAUGCAAUAAACAUAUACACAUAUUAUUUCACGUACGUUUACGUGUGAAACACUACAUAUGUAUGCAAUAAGCAUACGUGAGGUAAUUCACCGUGUAUUUAAAUAUACGUGAAAUAAGGAUCUCUGAUCCAUACGUACGUCAACAUACGUGAACGUACACAGCUGUGCGUUGCAUGGUCGAAAUAAUGUUCCGCCUUACUCGGCCGUCGCGUUUCGUCGCCGUUUCCCGUUCGUUGCUCGUGCAUACGGGAUUUCGAACGCGAGAGAGAAGCUCGAUGCCUAAAUCGACGUCCAGUCCAAUGAAUAAAGUUCGCGAUCGUUCGAAAGCGCAGAGCAAAAGUAAGAGAACGACGAAACACAGGAUCGAGAGAAGCAUCUGACCGAGCGUCCCGAUGUAAGGCGCGUACAAUCUAGCCGCGAGAGAGAAACAGCCUAUCCGACGCGCAGCUAGCGACGAAAAGCCAUUUGUACAGCGACGAGAAGCAUCGAUGUCGUCGAUUCUUCGAUGUUUGUAGCCCCCCCUCCUCCUCCCCCGUUCGACGGACGCGGAGAUCGCGAGACAUCGAACGCAAAGAAGCCGACGACAACGACGGAACGCAUCCCCCAAUCUCCCUCCCCCUCUCCCCCCAGACGCAUCGAGGAGGAGCUCGACAGGACCGCUUUGCGUAUUAUUUUGCUAAUAUUUUAAGUAAUCGCGUGAUACGCGAGAAAAAAAACAAAUUUAUACGAAGUACAGUUUUAGCGACGUUAGUACGGAGAGUUUGAAUCGACGCCGAGCACAGUUGUUUCUUAAGACGUAUCUGGAAAAUAUUUGUAUGUAAAUGAAUGA